AUGAGGGCAGCAAAGACAAGAGUCUCCAAAACGGUGACGUUUUGGUUCGCUAUUGCCGUGGCUCUUUGUUCAUGUAUCGUCGCGUCAGAAGCGAAGUAUCGGACGGACAAGAACCGGUUCGGCGUUUAUCGUCAGCAAGUGAUCGUAGAUCCUUCGGGACAUGGAAACUUCACGACAAUACAGGAAGCAGUCGAUUCUGUCCGUCAGAAUAAUAAACAUUGGUUCUUCAUCAACGUCAGACCGGGAAUCUACAGAGAGAAAAUCAAGAUCCCGUACGAGAAACCCUACAUAGUUCUAAAGGGCGCCGGGAAAAGAAGGACGAGGGUCGAAUGGGACGAUCACUUCUCAAUCGCUCAGAGCCCUACUUUCGUCUCUCUCGCCGACAACACCGUCGUCAAAGGCAUGACUUUCGCUAACUCGUAUAACCGACCGAGAAAAGGCAAGAACAAGAACCCUAGGGUUCCGGCCGUAGCCGCCAUGAUCGGUGGUGACAAGUCUGCGUUUUACUCUGUCGGAUUCGACGGCCUUCAGGACACGUUGUGGGACUCGGAAGGUCGACAUUACUUCCACCGUUGCACCAUCCAAGGCGCCGUCGAUUUCAUCUUCGGCACCGGUCAAUCUUAUUACGAGGAUUGCGUGGUUCACGUGUUGGGAGGAGAGAUAGAACCAGGAGUGGCGGGCUACAUAACGGCUCAAGGACGGACGGACCCUAAGGACGCGAACGGGUUCGUGUUCAACAACUGUCUCGUCUAUGGAACCGGCAUGGCCUUUCUGGGCCGACCAUGGCGUGGCUACUCUCGAGUCAUCUUCUAUCAGUCCAACCUUACUGACGUUGUCGUCCCCGAGGGUUGGGACGCUUGGAAUUUCGUCGGUCACGAGAACCAACUAACGUACGGGGAGUACAACUGCUACGGAAGUGGAUCGAAGACACCGAGGCGAGUGAAGUGGGAGAAGAAACUCAACGGAGACACCGUCCGAGGAUUUGCCGAUCUCAAUAACUUCAUCAAUCACGACGGUUGGCUUGACGAUUUGCCCAUCCCCUCCUAAUUAAUCAAUUAAUUAAUUAAUCACUCCUCGGACCAUAUAUAUCAUAAUAAAAAUAUAUAAAAUGUAAUUCACUAUGGGGAUUGGUUGAUUUGUUAUAAGUUGGCCAUUUCAUUUUGAGACAUGUAAAUUUGCGUGGAACUCUAUAAACCCUCUUUUCUUCUUCUUCUUUUAGUUGUUAAUGGUGAGAUUAU